AUGCUCGACCGCGACGCGAUCGCGCGCGCGCUGGAUAAGACGCGACCGGGGUCGAGCCGCGGCGGCGGGACGUGGGCGCCGUUGCGCGUCGCAGGCGGCGGCGCGCGACGACGGCGAGACCCCGCGAGACGACCGGAGUCCCCCGACGGCUCAGUCGCGUCGUCGACGAUGAGCACCGACAGCGCGGACGUCGACGGGCGCGCGCUCGUGCGCGAUCUGCGCCGCCGCGCGCGCGCGGAGGUUCGACGCGCGCGCGAAGGCGAAGGUCGUAACGGUCGUAACGGUCCCGGAGAAACCGUUCCCGGGGUGUCGCAUCGCGCGCACGCCGCGGCGAAGGCGCCGCCGAUUCCCGCGAUGGACGUCGUCAAGCCGCGGAUGACGACGCCGGCGGCUUGGCCGCCGCCGCCGCCGCCGAAGCCUCCCCCGGACGAGUCCAAGGCGAGAGCAGAGGCGGCGGUCGCGCGCGCGCGACGACGCGACCCGCUGCACCCGCUGCGCGGAUGGAGGAGCGAGAAGAACGAGAGCCGGCGCGAACCGCCGUUGAAGCUCGACGUCGAGCAGAGGAAAGCGGUCCGCGCACUCGUCGACGCGACGGCGUUGGAACGCGCGGCGAAGGAACUCGAAAACGCGCCGUCGCCGCCGCAUUACGUCGACGACUCGAUGACGCGCCGACGCGCCCCCUCCGUCACGAUCGCGCCGCCGCCGCGCGCGGACGUGGAUCUCGAGCUCGAGGAGCUGCUCAGGGAGUCGACCGUCGACCGCGCCCCCGGACCCGGCGCGUACCUCGGCGUGGAGGACGCGUCGAACGCGACGCGGAAACGCGCGCCGGCGUCUUCGUUCGGGGAGCAUCCGCCGACGGAGAAGCGACACGCGGUCAGGCGCGACCUCGCGGACGGGCCGCUCGCGUCGAAGAUCGACGCGGACGCCGCGUGGGAGGGACCGAACGGCGCCAAGGCGAGAAAGGUGAAGGGGUCGGUGGCGUUUUGGAAGGCGCCGCCGCGGGUGACGACGGCGGAGGCGGCGCGCGCCGCCGCCGCCGCGGAAGCCGCCGACGCGGAAGCCGCCGAGAUCGCCGCCGCCGCCGCGGACGCGCUCGAGCUCGAGAUGAACGCCGCGAACGGCGACGACGAGGCGGCGCCGUGGGACGAGGAUAUGGUCGACGCCGCCGUCGCCGCGGCGAUGAAAAAGGCGAAAGAGAUCGUCCGCGCGAAGCGGCGCGCCGACGGCGGCGACGCGAAGCGCGACGUGAUCGAGCCGCGCGUCGUCGGCGGCGCGUGGGCGAGAGCGACAGACCGAAAAGACCGCGCGAACGCCGCCGCCGCCGCCGACGACGACGACGACUCGUGGAUGGACGCGGCGAUUCGCGAGUCGUACGCGAUGGCCGCGGACCCGGCGGCGUCGUGGACGCGCGCGGUCGCGCCGUCGAAGCCGUCGUGGGGGUUCCUGAAGGCGCGUUCUAUCUCUCACUGGUCCCCAUACGACGGCGUCCGCGUGGUGCACGCCGUUCCUUAA